AGUUUCACAAAUUUACAUAUGAUGCAUGAAUGCUCACUGAAGCAACUAUUUACAAGAAAUACUCUAGGGCUAUGAUAGUCAUGUAAAAUAAUACACCUUACUCUUGUAGCUUUGAAUAGCAUGGAAACUAUAUAAGAAGAACAGUGAUUUAUCAGUAGAAAAAAGUUGGCAAUGCUCCUAGAAUGUAUUUGUCCCCAUUGCAACACACGUGCAUUUUUUUUUUGCAUGGGUAAAAUGAGUUUUAUUGCAAGUUCAUAUAGUUACAUUGAAGAGGUCACAAGUCCUCAAUACAAGGUGAAACCGAGCCGAGCCACACAACAGUAGCUCGCUCAGACCGGCUAGAAUUGGCCAACCGGUCGGCAACUCUAUUUUGAGUAUGACUAAUUUUCUGAAGAAAAAACUCCCCACUACCAAAAAGAUCCUUAAUCUCAGUAACUAAUUGGCCAUACGCCGAACGAACCAAGGCUUCAUUUGACAAACUUGACGAAAUAAAGAUUAUGGAAAAUAUGCCUGGUGAAGAAGAAAACUGAAAGUCUGUUCACUAGAGAGAUGUGAGAGACAUCAAGCGGUCAACUUGCUAAGCUAUCAACAAAAAAUUGAAAAAUUUGCAAUCAAAGAGAGAUGUGAGACAUGUUACAGAAAACCAAAAGGUCACCUUGUUUGAACUAUGGCCUCAUAUAUGGUUUGCCCGGCUUCGGCGAGGGAGGGGCGAUGACAGCGGCAUGCCUUCGGCCCGCUUCAGUGCAUGUAGUCGUCGCUAGGUGGUCUAUGGAUCUGGAUGUAAUUUUUAUUAUUUUUAGUGAUCGUUGUACUACCAUAAUUGAAGAUGAAUAGAUUGAAGGUUUUUCGAAAAAAAAUAAAAAAAAUGGUCUCCAAAUGAACAAUGAUUAUCCCCAUGUUAGUGAAAAAAAUGUCUAUUUCAUUAGUAGAAGGCCGGUGUUUCUUCCAGUGCGAUAAGAUUUGCUCUGUGCAACGCACGGACGGUGUUUAGCCGGUAGAUUCUUAUACGCGAGAAAACCAUUCCAUUGCUAGUACACAACAGCUCCAACAAUCUGUAUUACCACGUGGCAGCUUCCUAUACGCGAGAAAACAUGCCACACAGAUGGCCACGCGCAUUCCCUGCACAGGGCAUCGUGACCCAGCCAAAUCAACGUGAUCGUGAUGGCGUGAUGACCAGUCCACGGGGGCUCUCAAAUCAAAUCAAAAACAGAAAAAGGAAGCAAGAGAGCCGCUGGGGCUGUGGGGAGGGCGUCUCGCGGCGUGGCGGAGCGCGUCCCCGCCGCACGCCGCCUGUUCGACGAAAUGCCUCCGCGGCGAGACGGCGCGCCGACGCCGACCUCCUCGCCACCGCCGAGCCCCGGCGGCACGCCCUCCGCUUCCAAGGGCGCGACUCCCCCACCCUCGUCUCCGCACCCCGCCUCCAAGGGCCCGUCCGCUCCGGGUGGCACCGGCACCGACGAUGAGGCCGCUGCUACCCCUCCCUCAUCUCCGCGCUGCGGCGGAAGCCCCCCCGUCGCCUCGAGAUCCCCAGCAUCGUUCUCCUUCCCCGCCUCUCCACGGGUGCACUGCGGCGGCCGCGGAAGCCCCCCCACGGCCUCGCCAUCCCCAACACCAGCUUCCUCUCCAGGGGUUGGCGUCUCCCUUGUAGAGCUGGUGGCGACCGGCGACGGCAAGCCUGCGGCGGGCGCGCACGAGGAGGAAGGGGAGGUGGAGAAGGCGAUGGAAGACCCCGUCAAGACGACCGCGCGCUCUGACCCGGAGAAGCAGCUCUCAUCUGCUCCGGGUGGUACCGGCACUGGCGACGCCACCGCCGCUACUCCACCCUCAUCUCUGCGCUGCUGCGGAAUCCCCUCCGCCGCCUCGACGCCCCCCGCAUCAGCCUCCCGACCUACCUCUCCACGGGUUCACUGCGGCGGAAGCACCCCCAUGACCAUCAGUUCUGACGCCGUCUCUGAGUCGGGAAAACAGAGCCUGCACGAGGUGGACCUUGAUCCGACGGAUAGGAAGCCGAGCCAGCAUAAGCUUGCAGAAGAGGCGGAGGAGGUGGAGCAACGGGAGAAUGUUGCGACGCAGAGAGGAAAACAACUUGAGGAGCGGGAGACACUCUUGAGGCAGACGCAUUACGCUGUUCCGCAAGGUCAUGCAGGAGUGAGCAACUGGGUGGAGAAGGAGGAGGAGGAGGAGAAGAGGAAGAGGAAGGGGAAAGAGAAGGAGGAUGAGGGUGAGGAGAAUGAGCAGGAGCAGGGGAAGGGAGAACAUAAUCAUAGCUGUCCUGGGUCUGGAUUAUUUCCUUGGACUGCAGAGCUACCCAGGGACGAUGCAUUGGCAGCACUGAAGCAACAACUGCUUAUGCCCCAACAGUCAAAAUUAAUGCCCACUCCGUCGGAUACGCCCAAUGCAGCAACAGCUGAGAUUACGGCAAUGACCAUGAGGACUUCCACACCCAAGGCCAAGGUAUACCAGUUUGAGACUCGUUUUAUGGCUCCCAGCCUUGAUCAGAGUACUUCUGAAAUCAACGAUCUUGAGAUGGUGAAAGUUGGCCUCCUUGUUCUUACAAGAUUGAGCGAGAACUUGCACGAGAGGAGGUUAUAUUCAACCAUUCAUGAAGUACUGAAAGCUGCAGUUGCUACAUACAAUACCAAUCAGCUUAUGACAGAGCGAGAUCGUGUGAGGUGGGAGAUCAGAAAGAUACUGACAGAUCAGACACAGAACCUUGGAAUUGCCAUUGAUGACGUCUCCAUUGUAAGCCUGAGCUUUGAAAAGGUGUUUACUCAGGACAUUCAAGAGAAAGAGGUGACUACACAAGAAGACAGGCAAGGUAACAGGACUACACAAGAAGCUGGGCAAGAUAACAGGAGUGCAAUGAUCAGGUCACAGGACGACGACCAGAUCUGGAACAAGAGGCAGAUUGGUUAUAUUUUUGAUCUAGGUACUGCGCUGGGCAUUAUAUUUUUGAUUCGACCCUGGUUGCCUAGUAGCUAUGACCGAUGGAUAAUGGCUGCAUUUGCUGCCGUUUGGGGGGCGGGCAGUGUGGGCUUGCCCAUUGGAAUGUUUGGCACCUCCAGGGUUGAAAAAAAUUGCAGUCGGCAUGUAGGGCGAUUCAUCUCUCUUUCCUUCUCACUGCUUGUCAUCUAUGCAAUCUACAUCCUGACACUAAAUGUCGCCGGCACUCCACCAACCCCAUCUGUGUCGUCAUUUGGAAUCACCAACGGUGAUGGUGAUGGUGAUGCUGACUGGUGGACAACUGCUGGCUUCAUUGUGAUUGCGGCUCUAGUGUCAUUUGGGCACCUAUGGUCCUGGAUAAGAGGGUGUUGUACAGGUGGUGACAGGGACAUGUUGCCUUAGAAUGUUGACAACAGUCUGGUGUAACCCUGGCCAUGUCAGCUCUCUUUUUCCGAGCCCUGAGACGGGAAAGCAAGAAGAGUUUGUCUCGUCUACGGUAUUGAAAUGCUCGCUGGUUAUGCUAUAUCGCUGUGAUGAUCAAUGUAGAUUUUUGCCUUUGCUGCUGUUUGGCUGGUACAGGAAUACGGAUAUGCCGAGUUGCUGACACAAGCUCUCCAGGUCUGUUGGGGCCUUUGUAUAUGCGGUGCUUAUGCUGUUGAAGUGUUGAUACUCAUAGAAUAGAAUAGAAUAGAAUAGAAUAGAAUAGAAUGUUUUUUUGGAAAGAGUAGAAGGGUUUCUGUGCAGUGUUUGAAUGCGUGAUGAGAGGUCGUUGGUGUGUUGUUUUGGAUCUCGGCCACUCAGUGUGAUGUUGGGAGUAUGAUUUUCGCCGUAUGUUGCGUGAAAUUGGUUUUGCAUUUUAAUCCCCUGUAUAUUCCGUGCUUUCA